UGUAUGUAUUGUAUAUUUUAAAAUUUAAUUGAACAGUGUCAAAUAUUAAUCAAAUAUAAUUGAUAUGGUGUCAUAUUCAUCAAUUAAUUUAGUAGAUUCAAUAAUCGACGAGGUUGCAUUGGAAGGUUUGGAUGGAAUUACUAUAGAAGCACUAUGGUUACGUUUAGCUCAUCGACUUCACAAUCCUUUACCAUUCCCAAGAUCAUUCAUGACUCAGAUAUGGUCAAUAUGCGUACAGAUCAGAGAAUUUACAUUUUACAAAUUAGAAACUCCAAGGGAACCACUUGUAAUUUUCGAUCGCUAUCAGUUUGUGGAUCCUGAUUUAGGUAUCAUAUUGGAACCAGAAAAUGUACCUCCAGAUAUUUAUCCACAUUGUCCUGUGAAUGAUGUUGCAAAUGGUAUUAAAGGAUCUUGUUCUACUUAUAAUACUCGGGAAGAUAUCACAGGACUUGUAAGAAACCUUAGCUUAGAAGAAGUUACUAAAAGAUAUGGACAAAAAUUAGUUAUUGUUGCAUCACAAUGUGCUAGAAAUCAUGCCCUAAUGGGGGAUGAAAUAUCUCCAAUACUUGAAUUAAAUAUAAAACAGUAUUGUUUUUUAGAAAGAGUAGGUAGAUCACGAUAUCAUGGCGAAGUUACUCAGGGAAAACUUAGUCUCAAUGCACUAAAAGAAGAUUCUAAAAGCUUAUUUUAUCUUCGAAAAUUUUUAUUACGUUAUAAGCUAAUAACGAAACAAAUACAUCAUCAGAAAAGUGAUAAUUAUGGUUGUAAUGGAAGUCUGUUACAUCUUCCAAGGUUUUUUGUUGAAAGAAAACCAAAAAUGAUUUUCUUGGCAGAAGAAGUUAUCAAAAUUCUUAAAUCAAAACCCAAUUAUGUUGCAGAAUAUGACGAAAUAAAACGUGAACUGCAAAUUGAAAAAGCAUUAAGCAAAUUGUUUAAAACUUCAUUUUUCCAAAAAGUUGUAAAAACAGAUAUUAGAAUACCAUAUAGAACUUUAUAUCCUAAAGCAUCACCAGAAGAAUGGCAGCAAAAAAAUGAUUCUACAAAGGAGAAGAAAAUUAAAGUAGUACAGUUAUUAGUACCAAAUAUUAAUAUCCUUGAAGCAUGGAAUAAAGAUGAAAUACAAGAUGAAGAUGAAUCUCAAGAGAUAAAUAUUUCAAAUCAUAGAUAUGGUGUGCCAUAUUUGAAACAAGCAAAUACAAUAAUUGAAGAUAAUAGAAUUGAUGGUGUAUGCCAAGGAAGUUUGGCUAAAAUAAUGGGAUUAACGAAAUUACAAUCACGGACGAUUUUGCGAAACAUAGUUAAAACGAAUAUUGUUGCUACUUAUAUGAGUGACGUUGGUAGACAAAGGCUUGCAAAAUAUGUAUCGAAAAGGUAUGAGAAAGCUAGUAAGCUAAGUAAACAGUUUGAGAAAGAAAUGCAUAAAAUUAAAGAACUUACAAAGCAAAUUACGACUGAAAGUGAUAGCUUGGAAAAAACUAAAACGAUUAUAAAGGAAGAAGAAAAUACUGUUAUUAAUGAUGAAAUGGAGAGUGUAGAAAAGGUGGUUGAAUCUGAUAUUGUUAAUAAGGAUGACCUACCAGAAAAACGGUUGUACGCUGACAGAGUAGAAUUACAAAAAACGUUUUAUGUUGUUAAUCGUAUAUUAUAUAAAUAUCGUAUAACAAAACGCCCAAAUAGAUAUAAAUGCAUUUUCUCUAACUACUUAUUGGAUAAAAUCAAUAAAGUUCAAAUGAAAAAAGAAAAUUCAUUCUCUAAUAAUAUGUUACUACAAAUUUCUGAAUUAUCAAAGAAUGAAAAGACAGUAGCUGCAUAUAAAAAUAUAAAAGUUGACAUAAAAGUUUUUAAAUCAACAAAUGAAGAAAAACCAGAAAAUGAAACAUAUGGAUUUAUGGAAGAUAUACAAAAUAGCGAGAAGAAAAGUGUGACAAAUAUUACAUAUAGAAUAUUGCGAAGAGCUAAUAUGAUUAUGGAAUCAGUUAAAAAACAUCGGAUCAUUGAUGAUAUGACAAAGUUAAUGAAGAUGAUAUAUGAGGAAGAAGAUAAAGAAGGGUAUGAUGUAAAAAUCGAUAAAAAAUCGUUAAUAAGAUUGCUACAAAAGCUUGCAAAAGAUAAUUUAGUGAAAUAUAUAAAAAUAACUCUGAGUGGAAAUGGUAAAGAGAAACAUUUAACAUAUAUAUGUGAUCCAAACAUUGAUGUUAAUAGUACCAUUAUUCAGUCAACCGUGGAACAAGCAAAAUUGAAAUUCUUUUUCAUGACUUCUCAAAGACCUAAAUCGUCUCUGAAACAUACAGAAAAUACAACAAAAUUUGUAUUAAACAAAGAUGUUAAUGAUGCACACAAAUUUGAAACUGAUCAAUCUCCAUUUCAACAAUCUACAAUAAUACCAACAAGUUCUAAAUGUAAUUCUAGAAUAUCAAGAAAAUACGGAUAUAGUCCGAAAUUUCUUCGUAUGAAAGCAUUACAUAUCUUUUUAUUUUAUUUGGUUUAUGAACAUCCUGGUGAUCAAACUCUUUCAAAAGCGGAACAAAUACAAAUUUUACGAGAUAAUGAUUUUAACAUUACAGAAGAGUUAACAGAGGAAUUCAGUACGAUUUAUACUAAAGAUGUUAGCUGGAAAAUGUUUGUUCCGCCUUUGCCACAAUAUAAUGGUUGGCCUCGAGGAUGGACAUUAAUGUGUGACUUUCUUUUACGACUUCCUUUAUCGAUAUUCUUGAAGAUUCAUUAUGUUUCAUUUACAAUACCAGAAAUAGAUAAAUAUAUAAAUCAUCCUAUUCGGAAACAUUAUUUAGUUAGAGAUUUACCAGUUGAUAUUCGAAAUUCUUUGUUCUAUGCACGGAAGUAUGUAUUCCAUAUUCAUGAAACUGUAACAAGAUUAUGUUAUAUUGGAUUGGUACAGUUUGGACCACAAAAAUUAAAAGAGAAGGAUCAAGUAUUUAUUUAUGUGAAUCGUCGUACUGAAUUAAUGGACACAACAUCUUCUACUCCUAGUUAUCAUGUAAUUGAAGAUAAACAAUAUCUUGUAAUCAAAUAUAACUUUACUGAAAUUCAGGUAGUUGAGAAAUACUGGUAUGAUAUGUGGAAUACAUGUAUGAAUACGCCUUUAGGUGGACGACUUGUUGUUGAAGGAAAAGAUAUAGUGUUAGAGGAUUUGAAUAAGAAAGUUGAUAUGAUUCAAUCAUUGGUAGCUCGCUCUCCAGAAGAAGCUGUCAAAUUUGAUACUGGCAAAGUACCUGGAGAUCGCAAAGGUGCUGCUGGAACAGAUUCAGCAUGUUUUGCUUAUCUUAAAAGAAAUUGGAAUUGGGGUUUUUCUAAUUUUGAAGUCCGGCAGAAAAGGAAACAGCAGAAUAUAGUUUAUGAAAGAGAUUCGUAUCUUUCUAAAAUAAAGGCAAAACCUCUUAGAUUUACUGAAUUUUCUGGUUUAAAAACAGUAUCUGGGCCUCCUUCUUUAAGUGCAACAGAAUUCAAAAAGAAGGUACAAACUAAAAAUAAUGAAAAUUUGGAUCAGCAGAACAAAUAUGAAGCGUUGACAUAUCAGCGAAGCACGAAGCAAAAAUCCUAUGUUAGAAGAGUACAGCCUCGUAAAUGUAGUAGUAAAAGACGAACAAAGUAUGAUGAGGUUGAUUAUCGAGCAUUGCAACGGAUGCACAAGUUACGAGUAAACUGGAAACCAUACGAGGAUAAGAUUUUGCUUGUUUGUAAGGUCGCUAUGGUAUAUUUUUGUCCAAAUCCACGUAAACAAGCAAUAACAUUUUCUACAGUAAGAGACGUGCUACGGUCAUAUUCAUACAGUUCACACAACAAAACGUCAAAAGCUUGUCAACGACGACUUUUAUAUAUGCUCAGACAACAACGAAACGUUGAUACUGUUGCUUUAGGAGUUGAAGAACUCAAACAGAACUUUUUCCUUAAAAAGCGGUUUGGUGGUAUUGUGAAUAAACUCAAAGAAGGACAUAAAAGCUCGCCUGAAUAUGAGAAGCAAGUUACAGAGGCGUUUAAAUCACUUGUUGCCUACAUUGCAAAGAAGUAUUAUGAUAUCUCAGAUGGUGGAUCUAAAGAACCACUGCCUGUACCAAAAACAGUGCAAGAAUUUAAUUUAUUUUACAAAGUUGUACAUCCUACAAAACCAUUCUAUAAUCGUGGUUUCACAAAAGAUAUUCAAAAUAUCAAUGACAUACACUCUGCAGUCGUAAAUUCUGUCAUUAAUAGUUCCAUGUGUUGUGGAAAAGAUAGAAGAUCCUGGACAUAUCAAUUAUUUAAAAUAUAUCAACAAUAUCCUGACAUGUUGUUAAGAAAUGCUCUGACAAAAAUUCAUAGUGAUCAAAUGGUUACCAUUAAAAAGAAUCACUUGCCUAAUAUAAGAAAACAUGGUAAUUAUAUGCCGAUGAGUAGUUCUCAGUAUCAAUUAAGUAAUACUUAUAUAUAUAAAUUUCAUACUAAAUGGCCAUAUGCUUUAUUCAAAGAAUCAUAUGAUGUUUUCUAUAAACUUAGUAAUUGGUAUUGUCAUAAUGAAAUGAAUGAUCAAAGCAAAACAUCAGAUAAUUUUAAUGGCGUUGAAAUACUCCCGAUUACUGGUGGUUUAAUAGGAGCGAUACAUGAUUAUAUUGUACAAGAUAAAAUAGAUUUUGAUAUUGAAAUACCUGAUCAAGUUAUAAUGCUUGAUCCUAGAUUAAAAGAAAAAGAUGAAACAUACUUUAGAAUAGCUAAACGAUAUCAAGAUAUAUUGGCUAAUUUGGAUAAUUUGAAAUUUAUAAAAGAAUUUUCUUUGCAAAACAGUGGUACAAUGAUUGAUCUUGAAAAGCAUGACAACAAAAGCUUUGAUGCCCAUACUGCUACUAUACAUUAUAAUGAUGUACAUAAUGUUGAUGUAAAAUCAGAUAAAGAUGGUUUCUCGGAUUUAGAUACAGAGAAGAACACACAUUUACAAGAAUUUGAAAGUGAGAAAACAAAUUUCAAAGAUUCGAAACCUUUUACUGAUUGUGACGAAAUAAAUUUCAAUAUUGAUGAGGAGAACGGUCAUAAUGUAAUUGAUGAUAAACAAAAUAUAAUUAAAUUUCAAGAUGGAAUUAAAAUUGAGUUAAACAAAGACGAUGUCAAGCGUUCAACACUUUGUGAUGAGGAUUCAAUGAUGGAAACAGAAGAAGAUAAAAUAUGUACUGUUGAUAAUCCUAAAAUAGAUAGUGCGGUACAAGUAAGAGAUACUGGCGAAAGUUUAUAUAAACUGCCUGAAUUUGAAAAUGUGAUUCAUGUACAACAUAAUCCUGUAUUAUUAUUGGAAAGUACAAGUAGUAAAGAUGAAGAUAGAAUGUUAAAUAUUGAAAAUUCAUCUUCAUUCCAUUUAGACCUUCAAUUGAAUACAGACAAAGAAAAUAAAUUAAUUACAUCUGAGAGAAAAAGGCGAAGGAAUGAUAAUGAAGACAUGUUUGAUUUAGGUAAACCUGCUCAAAAGAAGAAAAUAUUAGAUCAUAAAAUUGUAGAUGCAGAAGAGAAUGAAGAAGCAUUACGAAGAAAUGAUAUCAUUUUGAUUGAAACACCAAAUAAAACACAAAAUGAAGAUUCAAGAGAACAUUCUACAAAAGAAACAAUUGAAAUUAAUGAUGUAAAAUCUAGUAAUGAACAAUAUAUUUCGAAUAAUGAACGUGAAAUUUCUUUACAACCAAAAAAGGGCAGUGGAAAUGGUUUUACACUUGUAAGUGAUAUCCUAAAAAAUAUUCCAACAGAACAGAGUUAUUUGAAUUCAUACUGCAAGAUUGAUGAUUCAGAUGUACACAAGCGGUAUACUCGUAUAGCUUUAUUGCGAAUGAGAGAAGAAUUAAGCGAACUCACAGUAGCAGAUAGUCAUCAUGCACAUGAAUAUUUUGUUGUAAAUAUGUUCAAAGUUUAUUAUUCUUUAUAUCGAUCAAACUCACAAAAAAUUGACAAAACUGAAGUCUUUAAAGAUCUAUCAAUACCCUCAGAUCUAUUACCUUUAAGAUUAAAUGCUAUAAAUGACUUAAUACAAGAAAUAAAUAAAUUUGCAGUUUACCCUAAAGAUGGUAUUUCAUAUUCUGAUUUCAAAAAAAAAUUGCCCAAUAAUUGUUCAAUGGAUUUGAACAAUAUGGAAGCAAUAUUUAAAUUUGUAUGUGAUAAAAAAGAACUUGGAGCUACUAUCCAAGAGUUGAUAGAUGAAUUUGAAGAUACAUUAGGAGAAAAUUUAUACCAAAUCGUUUCUUUUCUUACCAAUAAUCAUCUAUUCCUGCGGUCCGGUGUAACUACGGUUCGAUAUAUACAUCAUCGUUAUGCUGAUUCUUGGCUAAUACAUUCAUAUAAAAUAAGCCGUCUUGAAAAAGAAUCGCUUAUACCAAUGCCUAAAGGAACUGUGUAUGUGACAGAAUCUGGAGAAGCAUUAGACAAAGAUAAUGAUAUAACUAUGAUAGAAGAAACCAAACAAAAUCUUACUAUACCAUUAGAAAAUGAAUCAUUCAAAAUUGCUGGUGAAAAUAUAGCUGAAAAAAAUAUUCAGUUAGAGACAAAAGACAAUGAUGAAAAUAUGAAUGAAGAUUCCACUAGAGAUACAUCUAGUCAUAGCGAUGAAGAAUACAACACAGAGAUGAAGAAAAGGAUAUCAAGAAAGAGGAUUAAAUUACUACCCCAGAAAGAUAAACUUAAAGAUGUGAAACAGUUAGAUUUGAAUAACAAACAAGAAAUAAAGGUAGCUAUAAAACCAUGGAUUCGAGUAGAUGGUGUUUUAAAUCGUAGGGUACUUGAUCGUAUGUUGGGAUCAAUUUUGUCAUACUGUUUAACACAUCCGGGUAUAUCGUUAUCAAAAAUACAAAAUAGAUUUGUCCCUGCUCUGCAACCAUAUCAUACACGAGAAUUAGUCGAGAUAUUGAUAAAGUUGGGAUGCUUGGACAAAAUACUCUUGAAAGAAUCACAUGUGACAUUAUUUUCAAAGCCAUCACAAGUUAAACCAAAGAUUGUAAAUAAUGAUUGGGCUAUUGAUGAAGAUAUUUUCGUUGAACCUACAAAUGGAGCAAUGAUAAAAUUCGGAAUAUUUUUAAGUACCAAAAUGUAUAGUACAGAUUUUAUUACAUAACUAGCAAAAUUAAAUUAUUGAAGUUUAAAGAAUGAAUUAGACUGAUAUAUUACACAUAGAAUUUUUAUUUUGUAAUAACUUUUGUUAAUUACUAAUUUGUUAAUUUGUUGAUAAUGGAGCUUUUAUUUCAAUAAAGCUACAUCAUUGUUUUUUAUUUUUUUAUUUAAAUAUAAUAAUCAUGAAAUAUUGAAGUAUCUAAUAUUUAAAAUAAAUGUAUUUAGUGUGCAAAAUAUUAUGUUGUAAAAUAAUAUGUUGAUAGAUAAAUAAUUUUAACAUUAAAUGUACUUAUUUCUCCUAAUAAGAAAAUUAGAAAAUACACAGAUAAAAGAAUCAUAUUUAUUUUAAGAUUAUAUAACAUUACAUUUUAUAUUUUUUUAACUCUGCAUUCAAGAACUUUUUCGGUCGGGCGUAGCAGCUACUCCAAAUGAUUUGGCGUAUAUGUGACGCGUGUCUUACAGCUAGCGUAAAAUGAUUUUAUAUACAAAUUAAUUUACAAAAACAUUAUAUUCUAAUAAUUUAUCUAUAUUUACUAAUAUUAUUUAUUAUGUAUUAAUUAUAUAGUAAUAUUAAUUUUUGUAUUUUUUGUAUGAUAAUUUAUAAAGCAUUCACCAAGAUUGCAUUCUUGAAUAUAACUGAUCCCAUUUUUCAAUAGUUCAAAAUCAAGUUCAUCUUCAUUUGAGCUAAUUUCACUUCCGUAAACCAUUUUUUUAGGGUUUCUAAGCUAUAAUAAUUUUGCCAUCCGUCGUUGAAUCCGAUCUAACGUUGGAGACGUUGUCCGAACAAUAGUUUCGAAGGGAUUUGAGAUUAAAUAUUUUAUCUCCAUUUUAAAAUCUAGCACUUUACGCUUUCUAACAAAAAACAUAAAGAGCUAAGGAAUCAAUUUAGAACCAAUGUUGCACUCUCACCAAUUGGAGAUGUUGAAAUCUAGCAUAAACAGGGACUGUCGCCUCUCACUCGCCACAGGAAUUGCAGUACGGAACGCCGUGGCGACUGAGAGUCGCCUCUUGAGUGCAAAGGGUUUUAAAUGUAAUUAAAUUAUAUAAUGUAAUAUAUAUUUUAUGUUAUGUUAUGUAUUAGGUAUAUUAAUACAUGUAUAUAAUAAAUUCAAAGCUUGCAAUAAUAUUAAAGAUUAAUAAAAGUACAAAAUAUUUAUAAAAUAUGUAAUUUUAAUAACCAGUCAUAAUAAUUGUACACCAGUAGCCAUAUUUUCAUAUUAUGUAAUAAAAUCACAAAAGAAUUUAAUCAAUACAUAAAUUAAGAUUAACGUAACAGAUACUUAUAUAAACGAAUUGUUUUGAAUAAAAAAUAUUUUCUCGAUUUUUGUUAGAAAAUAUAAUUGGGAGAUAAUGUGAUAAUUAUGAUAUAAUGUUUGCUAUAUUGAAAAAUAUUUAUAUUAAUCAUGUAAAUAUAUUUUUAUCUCAAAUUUUAAUUGUGGAAAUUUUUUAAUAAUAAAUGUAUCACUUUUUGGUGUAAUAACAUUAACAAUAAUGUACUUAUAUAGACUUACAUGAUAUAACAAUAACAAUAUAUAGUAAAAUAUAGGUACAGUACAACAUAUCUUUAUAAAUGUUAUUAUUACAAAUUAUAAAUGCAUAAUAAUUGUAAAUGAAUGUACUAUAAGUUAUAUAUUAUACAAAGUUUAUGUUAUCACCUUGAUUUACAUCAAAACUGUUAUCUGUGAGAAGAUUUGGGUUAAAGUUGUAUGAUUCCAAAGAUCAAAUAAAUAUUUUCUAGGUAAUUUUCAAAGCUGAAUGGGAACAUAUGUUCCUUUUUUGUUUAAUUAAUCAUAUGCUUUUAAACAUAUCUUUUAUAUAGAAUUGUAUUAGAUUUUUUUAAAUAGAACUUUUUAAUAGAAAUAGUUUACAAGAAAAAUAAAAUUAUGAAAUGAAGAUUUCCUUACUAAUGUUAACUAUAUUUAUAGGAGGGUUUCGACAUAACGAUUAUUUACAUAAUGACAUUUUCUAAAUCAAUAGAAUGUCUUCAUAUCGACCAUUGUAGCAUAAUGUAGUUAGCUGUUCUAAGCAAAAUUAACAACAAUUUUCGGGCAACAACUUUUAUGGAGUAAUUUUUUAUGGAGUGUUUUGAGUAAUUACAAAUAUUGUUAGAGUAUUAUACCGAUGAAUGUAACGACGUAUAUGAAUAUUUUCAUUAUUUUUAGUAAUGAAGAUAUAUUAAAUUGUUGAUACAAGAAGUUUAAAGUUUUAGGAUAUUAUGAGAUCUUUUUUAUUCAAAACUAAAGUAACAGAAUGAUUCAGUUCCUUUAAAUUUCAAAUGAAUCAUGAAUCAGUCUUAAUAACAGUGGUUUUAUGUAAAAUAAAAUAGGAUAUAUUUUAAAAGAAUUUAAUAAUAUAAUCGGAAUGAUUAAUUCCGCAGCAGUGAUCAUCUAUGUUUAUAUUAUUAGCUUUAAUAAAUUUGGACAGAGUACAAAGGCUUGAUUUUAAUAUACAAAUAUUUUUAAAUCAUUUUGAUUUUAUUUGAAACGAAUUUUUAAAUUGAUUUUCACUAAUUGCAAGAGCGAUCGCACAAAUAGUAAUGAAUGAUUUUAUUUGUAUGUGUAAUUUUGGAUGAGAAAUUACAAAAAUUGUUUGUAAGAUUUUUAUCUUAAGAGACAUAGUAUCUAAUAAGUAGUGUUAAUGUAUUGAGUUUGGAAAGUAUGCCAUCAACUUCUGAAAACCAGAUCAAGGAUGAAACUACUAAAUAAAUUAGUAAUCAACAUUUGUAUUUAUUCAUAUGAUCUAUGACAUGUAUAUUCGUAAUUACUAUGAAUUCAUAAAACAAUUGUACAACAUUUGUAACAAUACUUUUAACAACGCCUAAAUUUCUGAAAAAUUAUAUUCAGUUUAUGUUACAAAAUAAAUAUUUUAUUUGUGCUUUCGGUUA